AUGGCUGCAGCACUUAACUACAUUCCCAUACAGACAAUAAAAGCCCCAGGACAAAAAGGAGAGAGUUUAUGCCACAAUGAUCUCUUCUUCGGGGAGAGGGAGAGGAAUGUUGUUUUCCAGAAGUGUUUCUGCCCCCACCUGCAAACUUUCCCACACUGUGACAACUUCUCUGGUUGGCCAGGAGUGUAUCACAUGGCCAUGCUGAACCCAACCAGUGCAAGAGCAAAGGCUCUCAUCACUACUGGCACAGUGGAAUCCCCUCGGAGGCAGACCAAAAUCAGCGUGGAAACGCCUCGAGGUUAUGAAGUCAAAACACUAAGAAGCAGCGACGACAAGCGCAGCCAAAGCCACUUGAAGCGACGGCCAGACCCUCACUUCCGCUUCUUCCCGUUGGCAUCUCCGGAGCGGGAAGCGAAGGGGACCCCAAGGGCCCCCGGGAACACGGAGCCACAAGCAUGGGUACCUGCCGAGCCCCUGGAGCUCGCGCGGACGGCGGGCAACGUUUGUUUCUCGGGUCAGGAUCCAGAAAGCAGCCGCAGCUGGACGGCGUCCGACUUCAAAGCCAGACCGAGUGCGGGACGGACGGGUUCCGCCUCCGAUAGGUCCGGGACCGACUGGGUCCGACUUCGAAGCCGGCCCGGAGGCAGCGUGAGGCCCCCGGUGGACGAGGUUCGGCCCGGAGGCGGACCAAGCGUCAAAGAUAAUCCUCAACUAGUGGCCAGAGUGGGGAACUCGGAACCAUCUCAGAUACCCCUACCAAUUUCCGAGGUGCCCCAGAGAAAUCGGGGACUUGCACAGGCCCUCACUACAACCGGUGAAGAGAACAUUGGGCACUUUCUGGUGGCGACGAUAAGACCCGCCGGCACCGCCCGCUCGCCCCGAGCACGCGCGAAGCAUCCCGGGAAAACUGGUGCAGGCCCGCCGAGGGCAGCCGCUCUUCCCACAGGCAGCUCGCCCACACCUCUGUGUGUCACCUGCUGGAGAGAAGAAGAACAAAGGCUGCCCUUGAACCUCCUCGGUAGAAACCAGACCCAGUCCUCGCUGCCAAGACCACAGCCAAACUUCAGGGACUUGAACUUGGGUCCACUUCUCACAAUUAAAAAGGGCUCCUCCAGACUCUUGGAACUAACUGCACACCAGCUGGAGAUAGAAAGUUAGCGUUGACUAGGGAGGUUCCUCCUCAGAAGCAGAUGGCCUCUUGAAGUGGCCAGCUCCCCCAAGAUCAUGGACUAAGAUCUUCAUCUCCACUAUGAACCUUUAUUCCUCUUGCCUUUCUGCUACUUGCCUCUUCUGUUAAUGCACAAGAAUGCUCCUUAACUCGGGCAACUAUUGCUGAAUCUACUGCUGAGUCCAUAGCUACACAAGAAAGUAUCUAGACUCUUCUUGCUAAGAUGGUUUCAAGGCUAUGAAAUAAAACACUAAGGGU